GCCGAAGCGGAGCUUUAACCUAACCGUCGAAACUAUACAGUAGCCGGCACUCGGCAAUCGCCGGACAGUCGCACGGGACAGAAUAUACAAGCCCCGUCAAUAUCUUAGUCGUCGUCGCCAGCAAGAUGGUCAAUAUUCCCAAGACACGGAGGACAUACUGCAAGGGCAAAACAUGCAAGAAACACACGCCUCAUAAGGUGACCCAAUACAAGAAGGGCAAGGAUUCCAUCUUCGCACAGGGAAAGCGUCGUUACGACCGAAAGCAAUCCGGUUAUGGUGGUCAGACCAAGCCCGUCUUCCACAAGAAGGCCAAAACGACGAAGAAAGUUGUGCUACGGCUGGAGUGCACUGUGUGCAAGUACAAAAUGCAACUAACUUUGAAGCGUUGCAAACACUUCGAGCUUGGUGGUGAGAAGAAGACAAAGGGUGCUGCCCUCACUUUCGUACGUGUCGUCUGUUCUGUGAUUUACUUGUCAUAUUCUAACCUGCCCCCAUCGUUGUAGUGAGUGUUACGCUGUCGUUGUAUUCUUUUCUCUGCAUUUCCACCUAUCAUACUGCUACGACAUAAGCGCAAUAUGAGAUAUGCUCUACAUGACACUCACCUGUGUGAAUUAAGGUUACCCGAGGUAGUGCCAUCAAUUGGUACUCGCUGACUCGAUUUUUGUGUGUCUCUGCUCAUUUGUCUUAUGGCUGUACAAGGCAGUCUGGAU